AUGCACCUUGUACCCAAGGAGCUCGACAAACUCGUCAUCACUCAGCUUGGUCUGCUCGCACAGCGGCGGUUGGCACGAGGAGUCAAGCUCAACCAUGCCGAGGCCACGGCCCUGAUUGCCAACAACAUUCACGAGCUCAUCCGCGAUGGCAACCACACCGUCGCCGACCUCAUGGCGCUCGGCGCGACCAUGCUCGGGCGGCGGCACGUCAUCCCCUCGGUGUGCCACACCCUCAAGGAGAUCCAGGUCGAGGGCACCUUUCCGACGGGCACGUACCUGGUGACGGUGCACAACCCCAUCAGCACCAACGACGGCGACCUCGCGCGCGCGCUCUACGGGAGCUUCCUGCCGGUGCCGCGCGACGCCGACCGCCUCUUCCCCGCGGCGCUCGACCCGGCCGACUUUGCGCCCGCGCGGCAGCCCGGCGCCGUCGUGGCCGUCAAGGGCGACAAGAUCACGCUCAACGCCGACCGCCGCCGCAUCGCCCUGCGCGUCGUCAGCGAGGGCGACCGCCCCAUCCAGGUCGGCUCGCACUACCACUUCAUCGAGACGAACCCGCAGCUCGUCUUUGACCGCGCCCGCGCCUACGGUUUCCGCCUCGACAUCCCCGCCGGCACCUCGUACCGCUUCGAGCCCGGCGACGCCAAGACCGUCACCCUCGUCGAGAUUGCCGGCCACCAGGUCAUCCGCGGCGGCAACGGCCUCGCCACCGGCGGCGUCGAGCGCUGGCGCGUCGACGCCAUUGUCGAGCGCCUGCAAAAGGCCGGCUACGCCCACGCCCCCGAGCCAGAGGUCAACGGCGUCGUUGCCGGACGCCGCCGCGCCGCCGCCGCCCGCGUGCCCCGCCCCUACCGCAUGGACCGCACCGCCUACACCGUCAUGUUCGGCCCGACCACCGGCGACCGCGUCCGCCUCAGCAGCACCGACCUCUGGGUCAAGGUCGAGCGCGACUACACCACGUACGGCGACGAGUGCAAGUUUGGCGGCGGCAAGACGCUGCGCGAGGGCAUGGGCCAGGCGUCGGGCCGCCCCGACGCCGACUCGCUCGACCUGGUCAUCACCAACGCCCUCAUCAUCGACUACACGGGCAUCGUCAAGGCCGACAUUGGCGUCAAGAACGGCAUCAUUGUCGGCAUCGGCAAGGCCGGCAACCCGGACGUCAUGGAGGGCGUCUCGCCCAACAUGAUUGUCGGCAGCUGCACCGACGUCAUUGCGGGCGAGAACAAGAUCAUUACCGCCGGCGCCAUCGAUACGCAUAUCCACCUCAUCUGUCCGCAGCAGGCCCAAGAGGCGCUGGCGUCGGGCGUGACGACGUUUCUCGGCGGCGGAACCGGUCCAAGCGCCGGCUCCAACGCCACCACCUGCACGCCCGGCAAGCACCUCAUGAAGCAGAUGCUGCAGGCGUGCGACGCGCUGCCGGUCAACGUGGGCAUCACGGCCAAGGGCAGCGACUCGGCGCCCGAGGCGCUCCGGGAGCAGGUGGCGGCCGGGGCGUGCGGGCUCAAGAUCCACGAGGACUGGGGGGCGACGCCGUCGGCGAUCGACACGUGCCUGAGCGUGUGCGACGAGAUGGACGUGCAGUGCCUGAUCCACACGGACACGCUCAACGAGUCGGGGUUUGUCGAGUCGACGAUUGCCAGCUUCAAGAACCGGACGAUCCACACGUACCACACCGAGGGCGCGGGCGGCGGGCACGCGCCCGACAUCAUCUCCGUCGUCGAGCGCGCCAACGUGCUGCCGUCGUCGACGAACCCGACGCGGCCCUUUACGCGCAACACACUCGACGAGCACCUCGACAUGCUCAUGGUCUGCCACCACCUGUCCAAGGACAUCCCCGAGGACGUCGCCUUUGCCGAGAGCCGCAUCCGCGCCGAGACCAUUGCCGCCGAGGACGUCCUGCACGACACCGGCGCCAUCAGCAUGAUGAGCUCCGACUCCCAGGCCAUGGGCCGCUGCGGCGAGGUCGUCCUGCGCACCUGGAACACGGCCCACAAGAACAAGCUGCAGCGCGGCUGCCUGCCCGAGGACGACGGCACCGGCGCCGACAACUUUCGCGUCAAGCGCUACGUCAGCAAGUACACCAUCAACCCGGCCCUCGCCCAGGGCUUUUCCCACCUGGUCGGCAGCGUCGAGGUCGGCAAGCUGGCCGACCUUGUCGUCUGGGAUCCAGCCUGGUUCGGCACCAAGCCGCACCAGGUGAUAAAGAGCGGACUCAUUGCCUGGUCGCAAAUGGGCGACCCCAACGCCUCCAUCCCCACAGUCCAGCCCGUUAUCGGGCGGCCCAUGUUUGCCUCGUUUGUGCCCGCGGCCAGCGUCGUCUUCGUGUCGCAGGCAUCCGUCGCCUCGGGGGCCGUCGCCUCGUACGGCUUGCGCAAGCGCGUCGAGGCCGUCCGCGGCUGCCGCACCGUCGGCAAGGCCGACAUGCGCUUCAACGACGCCAUGCCCAAGAUGCGCGUCGACCCGGAGAGCUACACGGUCGAGGCCGACGGCGAGGUGUGCACUGCUGAGCCCGCCGAGACGCUGCCGCUGACGCAGUCGUGGUACGGCAUUCUCGACAACCAGAAUGCUCCCGCCUAG